UGUGAGUGGCUCGAGCCCAGCGGUAGGUUGGUCGUUGGGGGAAACAACAACAAGCUAGACAUCAUGAGGGUCCCAGGAAUACUGAUUUGGGCCGCUCUUCUCAUCCAGAAGGUCGUGGGAGAGUACGGCAUGGCCCACAUCAGUGACGAGGGCAAGAGCAAAGGGAAGGACUACUGCAUAUUCUUCAACUCACAGUGGGCCCGUCUACCUCAGGACCUCAAUAAGGCAUCACGUCUUCAGAUCUACGACCUGACGACAUCGGUCCUGUGCUCGCCCUCCGACGUCCCGGAGGGGGGCUUCCCGAAUCGCAUCCCCAUGGUGAUGAGAGGCAACUGCACCUUCUAUGAGAAGGUCAGACUCGCCCAGAUCAACGGCGCAAAGGGCCUGCUCAUCGUCAGCAAGGACCGACUGACGCCACCAGCAGGAAACAAGACUCAGUAUGAGGAGAUUGAUAUUCCUGUAGCACUGCUCAGCUACUCUGAUUUGCUGGACAUAAGCAAGACGUUUGGUAAAGGAAGACUGGUCGCCAUGUACGCACCCAAUGAGCCGGUGUUGGACUACAACAUGGUGAUCAUCUUUUUGAUGGCAGUAGGAACAGUCGCCAUUGGAGGUUACUGGGCCGGCAGCAGAGACAGCAAGAAACGCUACAUGAAGCACAAGCGGGACGACGGUGCGGAGAAGCAGGACGAGGAGACCGUUGACGUCACCCCCAUCAUGAUCUGUGUGUUCGUGGUCAUGUGCUGCAGCAUGCUGGUGCUACUCUACUUCUUCUACGACAGCCUGGCCAUUUGGGUCAUAGCCAUCUUCUGUGUGGCCUCCUCUGUCGGCCUCCACAGCUGCCUGUGGCCUUUCGUCAGGAGACUCCCGUUCUGCAAGUGCAGGGUUCCAGAGAACAACUUGCCAUACUUACACAAACGGCCACAGAUCCGCAUGUUGUUGCUGUCGGCCUUCUGCAUCGCUGUCAGCGUAACCUGGAUGGUGUUUCGCAAUGAAGACCAGUGGGCGUGGGUGUUACAGGACGCCCUGGGGAUCGCCUUCUGUCUCUACAUGCUCAAAACAGUCAGACUCCCCACAUUUAAGGCCUGCACCUUGUUACUGUCCGUCCUGUUUGUCUACGAUGUUUUCUUCGUAUUUAUUACACCCUUCUUGACAAAGAGCGGUGAAAGUAUAAUGGUGGAGGUAGCGGCUGGUCCCUCCGACUCCUCCACGCAUGAAAAGCUUCCCAUGGUGCUCAAAGUACCUCGGUUAAACUUCUCUCCCCUGGCUCUUUGUGACCGGCCCUUCUCCCUCCUGGGCUUUGGCGAUAUCUUAGUACCAGGUCUGCUGGUGGCGUACUGUCACAGGUUUGACAUCUUAACACAAUCCUCCAGGAUCUACUUUGUGGCCUGUACAAUUGCUUACGGCAUCGGCCUGCUGAUCACCUUCGUGGCCCUGGCCCUGAUGCAGAUGGGUCAGCCGGCCCUGCUCUACCUGGUGCCUUGCACUCUGCUCACCAGCCUCACUGUAGCGCUGUGGCGCAGGGAGUUGCCCCAGUUCUGGACUGGAAGUGGAUUUGUGCCUGCCAUAGUGCUCGCACCGAUCAACUGUACACAAAGUGCAGCGCCGCAGACAGACGAUCACUUGACUAAACCGGAGACAGAAAGCACAGAAGAGGACUCGCCCCGUUACCCGCCUCAGGACACGCUCCCAGCCAAGAAAGAUGAAGUGGGAAACAAAUCUAACUGAAAAGACGUCCAGUACAGCAUUUUACAUUUCACGUCAUGCAUUAUUUGUUGUUGAGUUUUUUGUUUUUUUUCUGCAUCGUGUCUCAGUCAACGGGCAUUUUUUAAGUACCGAUGUUUAUUUGCACUUGGUGUGAAGGGAAGAGAUGAGACCUGUGCUCUCUGAAUGGCUGACUCAGCAGAGCGCCAGGAUUGGACACACGAGGUCGGGGCAUCGAAACUGACGAACACAUCGAGUAUAAAACACCUUCUAUUACCAGUCUGCACUCUCAAAGCCAAAUCUGGAAGCUACACAAGCUUUCAAACACUAAAUGCUCCCACGACACUAAGCUGAGGCUCUCAACGGCUUUAAAGGCCCAGUCACAAGAAGCGACAUGUAGGAAAAACAAUGAAUCAAUGCAGUAAGUGGAUUUGUUCACAGGGGCGAGGUAACGCCACACUAGUUUUUCAACUUCGGUGACGCAUUAUAAUAAUAGGCAACAUCUUACUUAACCUCCUCUGAGAGAGCAAGCUGCAGCUAUUAGUCGAUCAACAGAAAAUUAACCAGCAUUUAUUUUAAUAAUCAAAUCGGUGUUUCAGUCUCUUUUUUUUUGGAGCAAAACGAGAAAAUAAUUAAUCCAAACUUGGAUAAUCGACAUACUAAUCGAUAAUGGAGGUAAUAGUUAGAUGUAACCCUACAGUCAUGAGAUGGGAGUCAAUGGCACAAAACGACAUUUUAAAUCAAAUGCGUAUUUCCCUCUUCAAUAAGUCUUCAUCAAAUGAAAUGGUGUACUAUCUUAACAAGUUAAUGGUCCAAUAAAGAUAAAACAAAUGAGCUUUGAGAUCAUUUGUGACAAUAGCGGCAGCAUGUUUUGGGCAGGCUAAUGUGUUAGCCGUUAGCUCACCAGCUACAGUGGUUCACCUACUAGUAGUCACCAGGCCUCUCAAAUACUUCACUGUGCCAUUUUCUGGUGUGACAGGGCCUUAAAAGUCUCAGUAUGCUUGAAAAACCUGUUCUCAAACACAAACACACACUACAUAAGCCAUUAUACCUGUUUUUACCUCCAUUACACCAUAAACUACAGUGUCACAGUAUAAAGUACAGCGGGGAUAGCAGAGGAGUUUCUUUAAAAUGACUGAGCCAAAGCUAUUCGAUUUUCUUUUUUUAAACAUUUGUUGAAUUUUUCUCAUCUUACUUUUGGUAUAUUUUCAUUUGCAUGCUAUGAUUUUGUCCUUUUUAUAUAAAACCGGUGUAUAAUCUGGUGUGACAGUUAAAAUGUUGGGAUUGCUGUUUUUGUUCUCCCCGGUAUUAAUCAUGUUGUCUUAAGAGUUGGUUUCAGCCUUACUGUGUCCGUGUCGGGAGGUAAAGUAGAAGAAGUCAAGUGUAACAGCUGCUUUAAAAGUACUGAACUCUAAAUGAUGCGGUGUUGUAGUUUAAUGUACGCGCUGAGGAGCGAGUGACGGGUCGUGUUACCGAUGUCCCUAGAUUAGUUUGUACGAAGCAUUUGCACAAUAUUUUUUAAUUCACGUAUACAAAAGUUGUUGGUUCAUGUCUGUAUAUGUUUAUGUACACACAACGGGUUUAACUUUAAAGAAAUGGAAACCACGGUAUCCUUAGAUCAUAUAUUCACUCUGCUUUUCUUAUGAAAGUCCACUUCUGACCCGAGGGUUUCAUCUUCGUCACCAGAGGCCAGCAAGCACUUUGCUCUGUGAGCCAGAUGUAGUUCUGAUUCUCACUCAUUUAUGAUGCCUAUUAAUCAAGUUCAACAUCCCCGUGUGGAAGUCGAGGUCAAAUGUUGAAAUAAAUAAAGAAUUUGUUCCGAGGUGACAUGAGAGCAGCUUAGUUGUCUGGACUGAUUCAACAGCAGUGUUUUCCAGGACAUGAGAUUAUUCAUUCACCGGUAUAGUUUGUUGUCACCAAGUGGUUUUUGAAGCCUCUGUUGAGGAAUACAUAUAAUAAAGGAACAUUGUAUUUGA